UUAGUUGCAGAAUCUCACUCCCUCACUCUCUGUCUCUCUCUCUCUCUCUCUCUCUCUCUCUCUCUUAACUAAUAUCUACAAGUACAAAACAUGCUUACCCUGAAUCUCAACACUCCUUCCAUCACUGUCACUUUCUCCAAAUCCACCCAUCACUACCCCAUCAAUGCCUCCCCCUCUUCUUCCCCCAACACAAGAUUCCCCACCUCAUCUGUUCUCCUCCACACACCCACCAAGCCUUUCACCAGAAUCCAUGCCCACCCAUUUGGAUUCUCUUCAAAACCCACUUCCCAGAUCCAUGGUUUGAACCCAAAGUUCCCAUCUUUGUUCUCCUCCAAACCCAGAUCCCAAACCCCAAAAGCUUCUUCUGCUUCAGAAGCCAACCCCAAUGGAGAUAUUGAACCCACAGUUCCAAAGCCUAAAGUCACAACCGCCCAGCUUUCCUUGAUCUUUGGGCUCUGGUACUUCCAGAACAUUGUCUUCAAUAUCUACAACAAGAAGGCACUGAAUGUUUUCCCAUUCCCAUGGCUUCUGGCUUCCUUUCAGCUCUUUGCCGGGUCCGUCUGGAUGUUGAUCCUCUGGUCUCUGAAGCUCCAGCCAUGCCCGAAAAUCUCGAAACCGUUCAUUGUUGCUCUCCUUGGCCCUGCAUUGUUCCACACCGUAGGCCACAUCUCGGCCUGCGUCUCAUUCUCUAAGGUCGCUGUGUCCUUCACCCAUGUCAUCAAGUCUGCGGAGCCUGUCUUUUCGGUGGUGUUUUCGUCGUUCCUAGGGGAGACUUACCCCAUACAGGUCUGGCUUUCGAUUCUUCCUAUUGUUAUGGGUUGUUCUCUAGCUGCUGUUACUGAGGUGACAUUCAAUUUGCAAGGCCUGUGGGGGGCUUUAAUUAGCAAUGUGGGGUUUGUGUUGAGGAACAUUUAUUCGAAACGGAGCUUGCAGAGCUUUAAAGAAAUAGAUGGGUUGAAUUUGUAUGGUUGCAUCAGUAUAAUUUCUCUGUUUUAUUUGUUUCCUGUGGCGGUUUUGGUUGAAGGAUCGCAAUGGGUUCAAGGGUAUCAUAGAGCUUUAGCAUCUGUGGGGGAACCAUCCACAUUUUACUUUUGGGUGUUGUUGUCCGGAGUGUUUUACCAUCUGUAUAACCAGUCGAGUUAUCAGGCUCUUGAUGAGAUUAGCCCUUUGACAUUCUCUGUUGGAAACACAAUGAAGAGGGUGGUGGUGAUUGUGUCUACUGUGUUGGUGUUCAGAAAUCCAGUUAGACCUCUUAAUGCACUUGGGUCCGCUGUGGCGAUAUUUGGGACAUUCUUGUAUUCUCAGGCAACAGCUAAGAAGAAAAAGGAAGCUGAAAAGAAGAAUUAGAAAUAGGCCUCAGUUUGUUUGUUGUAGGUGCUUAGUUUUUGACCUGGUAAAAUUUGUGAACUUGCUCUGGUUUAUUCAUCAGCUUCCAAAUUUUAAUAAUAUCUCCAGGAGUCCGGGUUUCUUUUCA